GCUGAGGCCAGCUGACAUACAAUAGGCCAGAGUUGGAACAAAACCGGAGCCAGCCUCAUCAGGGCGCCUCGGGGAGCUCGAGGUCGGCUCAGACAAACCCCGUGUCAUCUGUGACUGAACCCGGGCAGUUCUAGUGUUCUCGUCACUGACCGAACAAAGUCAUCAAAAUCAUAAACUCAUCAUGGACACAUCAAUGAUCCCGAUCUACUUGGUCAUCUGCAUACCGAUCCUCAUCCUAAUCAACUACCUCAACCGAGCAAGAAUCGAGAAGGCAGAGAAGCUCAAGAAGGGAAUCGGACGAGGCGUAGCUGGCUUCCAGACCGGAGUACGUCGGGUGGCCAUCCCACCAGAGAUCAUGGAGAGGAUCAGGCGAGGUGAAGAAGUCAGUGGGGAGGAAAUCACAAGGGCCCAAGAACGGAUGAAUGCGCUCAAUGACAAUAAUAAUAAUGGCGGAUCGAAAUCCGAAGAUAGCAACAAGAAAAAGAAUGUCGACCAACAAUGGCUCCCCCCUAGCUCAUCCCAAUCUCCGAACGGGAAGAAACUCAAACAGAGGAAGAAAUAAUAGAUAGAUACAUACGAUCUCAGACCAACAUCAAAUUAUCAUCCAGUUAAAUACAUAGAAUAGAUUACUCCAAGCCCUCUUCUUAAAAAAUCGCCCUCGAAAAUAAAAUAGACUGCUUUUAUCUCGUAUCUUGAACUUGGCUUUGUAAACGAUUUAUGGAAAACUGACUCACACAUACACACACACAUAUUAUCACUCAUAUAUUAUCACAAAAGCAAAGUAUUCAAUUCGAUUCACUUGAUCUCAUUUAUUCUAUUCAAUGAGUCUUCUUGAGCAUUGAAAUCGUUUUUA